AUGAAACGUCUUCGUAAUUAUAAACGUUUACAGGAAUCUGAUAAUCCUAGCGCUCCGCCUCCGCAAACCUCGUCUGAAGCAAACAUAUACACACACACCGAUCAUACUUAUACAAAAAAACUAUCGACUCCAUUAGAAGAAAUAGAAUUUAUGCUCUCGUUUUUCCCGCAAAUGAUCCAUAACGUCAUCCUAAGAAGAGCCUUGGUCGACCUAAGAAGAAAUUCACCUGACGCAAUCACUCGCUUCAAAGUCAAUUCCCUUAUUAACAAUACUGAGAAAAUUCUAGCCUCAAUUGAAAUCGACGAAAUCCUUAAACAACAACCACCAAUAAACACCGAAAACGUCGAGAUCCUCAAAGGGAAAAUAGAACAGUUGUCGAGGAUAAACCUGGAAGAAGAGUAUGAAGACUUGUUAGAGAUAUUCAGGUCAGCUGAGCCCUCGACAGAGUUAUAA